AUGGGCCCCGGGCUGAGCGCUGACGCUGGCCCCAGAGCGGGCUCCCUGCGGCGGGGAGAACCCAGAGGUAUGGAUCUUCGGCAGCUGUUGCUUAUUCUGGCACUGGUUUGUGCAAAUGAUUCUCUUUCUACAAGCGAAGUUAUUUUGGGACGGCCACAAAUCAUCACAUGCAGAUCACCUGAACAGGAGACAUUUUCAUGUCAUUGGACAGAUAGAGAUUUUCACAACCUCACUACUCCGGGAACAGUACAACUGUUGUAUAUGAGAAGGAAUGAUGAAGAAUGGAAAGAAUGUCCUGAUUAUGUAACUGCUGGAGAAAAUAGCUGUUAUUUCAACACAUCAUACACCUCUAUUUGGAUAACUUAUUGUGUUAAGCUUAUCAAAAAAGAUGAAGUAUUAGAUGAAAAAUGCUUCAGUGUUGAUGAAAUAGUACAACCUGAUCCUCCUGUCGGCCUCAACUGGACUCUACUGAACACCAGCCUGACCGGGAUCCAUGCAGAUAUCCAAGUGAGAUGGGAUCCACCACCAUCAGCCGAUGUUCAGAAGGGAUGGAUUACGCUGGAGUAUGAACUGCAGUACAAAGACGUCAAUGAGACUAAAUGGAGGGAGCUGGAGCCCAUGCUCACAACAGUAGUUCCAUUGUACUCGUUGAAGUUGGGAAGAGACUAUGAGAUUCGAGUCCGAUCGAGACAACGUGCAUCUGAAAAAUUUGGGGAGUUUAGUGAAGCCCUUUAUGUGUCUCUUUCUUCAAUUAGCUCAGUUCUGUGUAAUGAAGAAAUCGCGUUUCCAUGGCUCUUGGUUAUCGUCUUUGGAACAUUUGGGCUGAUAGUGGUGAUGUUCUUAAUUCUGUUCUCUAAACACCGAAGGUUAAAAAUGCUGAUUCUUCCUCCAGUUCCAGCUCCAAAGAUUAAAGGGAUUGAUCCAGACCUCUUGAAGAAAGGAAAGCUAGAUGAAGUGAACUCCAUCUUAGCCAGCCACGACAGCUACAAGCCACAGCUGUAUAACGACGACUCAUGGGUUGAGUUUAUCGAACUGGAUAUAGAUGACCCCGAUGAGAAGACAGACGGAUUGGACACUGACAGGCUCCUGGGUGACGACCAUUGUAAGUCUCACAACUGUCUUGGAGUGAAAGAUGAUGAUUCUGGACGUGCCAGCUGUUGUGAACCGGAUAUUCCAGAGACUGACUUCAGUGCUAGCGACACAUGUGAUGGCACCUCAGAUAUUGAUCAGUCCAAAAAGCUAAGUGAAAAAGAAGAGGAUCUCUUGUGCCUUGAUCAAAAAGAUAAUGAUGAGUCACAUGCUAGUCCUGCUGACCCAACUACCCGGAAGCCUAAUACUAAUAUUCAGUCUGAAGAUAACCAGUCAAAGCCAACUUUUGCUGACAGUAUUGAAUCAACUAGCCCACCUGUCCGUACACAGCUAAGCAACCAGAGUUCAGUAGCAAAUAUUGACUUUUAUGCGCAAGUAAGUGACGUUACCCCAGCAGGAAGUGUGGUACUUUCACCAGGGCAAACAAACAAGACAAGGAGAACACAGUGUGAAGCCUACACAGAACCAGCUAUACAAUGUCAACCAAACUUCACCAUGGACAAUGCCUAUUUCUGUGAGGCGGACGUGAAAAAAUGUAUCGCUGCGACAUCUCACGAUGCGGUUGAGCCACAUGUGCAGGACCAGAGCUUUAAUGAGGAUGUUUACUUCACCACAGAGAGCCUUACCACUACUGCUGAGCAUCCAGGUGCAGCUGCAGUAGAAGCCUCAAGUUCCGAAAUGCCUGUCCCAGACUAUACCUCCAUUCACAUAGUGCACUCUCCACAAGGCCUUGUACUCAAUGCUACUGCGCUGCCUGUGCCAGACAAAGAAUUUAUGAUAUCAUGUGGCUACGUGAGCACAGACCAACUGAACAAAAUCAUGCCAUAG